AUGCCCUCGAGCAGGCUCUCAGAACUCGGGCAGUCGAGCUCAAGCAACGGCUGGAACUCGGAAGCUUCAGUUUCUGUCUCGACGAGCAGACUGGAAGCCGCGCUGAGGAAGUUCUCAAAGCAAGCUGUUUUGAAUGAGUACAAAAUGAAAGAUUUGGAGUCCAGACUGUCAGAAAAUAUGAGCAAUUUCCGAGCGAUUGACAGCCUUUUACAGGAAGCCUUCACUGGCUUACAGCGCAAUUCCAAACGAGCUGACCGUGCCCUGCAGACUCAGGUACCUCAUAUCAACGCGGAGCUGGAGGAAUCGAUGGAAUCAUUAACGCAACUCUCUCAAACAUUACCCAAGAUUCAAUCGCAAGUGGCUGACAUACGUGUCGUUCAUGAUUCUGGUCGGGAAAAAGCUCAAGCUCUAGUGGAAGACCUCGUUUGGCUCAACACAGAAUUCUAUGAACGUUGGCGAAGUAUCAUCUUUACGUCGAGCAGUCCAGUUUCCUGGAGAUGGAAAGCCGUCAUGCGCACGCUCUUCGUCAUAUCGUUCAUUCUCUGCUCAUGGCUCUCAUGGAUUGCACUAUCCGGUGCUUAUCGAGCUCACCGACACCGACUUGUCUGGGGCGAAAAGUUGAUGUCAUGA